ACCCAGCCUACAUAAUCAGCUGCUUUGACACGAUGCAUCCCGUCACCCUCCCGAAUCCACAACCGCUAGCCUGUCGCGUGGCCGCCCUCAAAAUGGGGUCGACUGCCGCCAGUCUGCGCCCUGCAUCUUGAGAGAACUUGGCCUUGGGACACACACACGUCUGUCUCGACUUCACCACUCCUCCCCCCUCUCCCCCCUUCCCGCCAUGUCUGCUCGACGAGCGAGUCUCGUCGCCGAUGGCACUCACCUCGCCGCCCUCGGUGUCCAGCAAGAACUGAAACGGAACUUCUCUCCGCUGUCGAUGCUGGGCUUGGCAUUUGCCAUUCUGAACUCAUGGACUGCGCUUAGCACUUCAAUGUCGCUGGCGCUGCCAUCGGGAGGCCCCGUGAGCGUGAUCUGGGGCCUCGUUACAGCAGGCAUCUUUAACCUGUGCUUGGCUACCUCGCUUGCAGAGUUCCUCAGUGCAUACCCCACUGCGGGAGGCCAAUAUCACUGGGUACACAUCAUCUCAUGGCCCAGCUGGAAGCCUCUUCUCUCCUGGAUCACUGGCUGGAUCAAUGUCUUUGGUUGGAUGGCGCUGACAGCGACGGGAGGGCUACUGGGCAGUCAAAUCAUCAUUGGCAUUAUCGCGAUCUACGACACCGCGUAUGUUGCGCAGAGAUGGCAUCAGUUCUUGAUCUACAUCGGCUACAACAUUUUCGCCAUGCUGUUGAAUGCAUUCGGAAACUCGAUCUUACCAUUAGUCAAUAAGACUGCUAUCAUUUGGAGCAUCACGGGCUUCGUGGUGAUAUCGAUCACUGUUCUAGCAUGCGCUUCGCCGGACUACAGCUCCGGCGACUUUGUGUACAGAAGUUUCAUAAACGAAACUGGAUGGCCCGAUGGAGUGGCAUGGUUGCUGGGGCUUCUUCAAGGCAGCUUGGGUUUGACAGGCUACGAUGCGACUGCACACAUGAUAGAGGAAAUUCCCAACGCAGCUGUGGAAGGCCCCAAGAUCAUGAUAUACUGUGUGGCAAUUGGUGCAUUCACAGGCUUCGUCUUUCUCUCGUGCUUGCUGUUUGUGGCAGGAGACAUCAACCAAGUUAUCGAAUCCUCCGCUGGCCCGCUCAAUCAAAUCAUCUACAACGCAACCGGAAGCAAAGCAGGCAUGGUCUGCCUCCUUAUAUUUCCCCUCGUCUGCUUACUAUUCGCGACAAUUUCGAUCAUGACGACCUCAUCGCGAAUGACAUAUGCGUUUGCUCGUGAUGGCGGUCUUCCAUUCUCUCGAGUUUUUGCCCGCGUCCACCAGCGGCUCGAUGUGCCUUUGGAAUCUCUGGGCCUGACAGUAGUCGUUGUAUUAAUCUUCGGCUGCGUCUUCUUAGGAUCGACCAGCGCUUUCAAUGCCAUUACCAGUGCAUCAGUUGUAGCUCUUGGGCUGUCCUACGGCAUUCCAAUCAUGAUCAACUGCCUCCGCGGACGAAAGCAGCUACCUCCAACGCGAACAUUCAUCCUUCCAGAGUGGUUCGGAUGGACCAUAAAUCUCAUGGGCAUUGCUUUUGUGAUCGUUACGACCGUCCUCUUCGUCUUCCCUCCCGAACUGCCAGUUACUGGUAGCAACAUGAACUAUUGCAUCGUGGCUUUUGCUAUCGUUUUCAUCAUCAGCUUGAUACAGUGGUUUGUCGACGGCCGCAAAAACUACACCGGGCCCAAGGCGAACCUGGAAGAGAGUAUGCUCGUGGCCAUCAAUGGCGUGGACCGCUCUGAGAUGAGUGACAAUGGGUCAUCAAGUCUCACCAAGAAAGGAGCUGAUGUCUAAAGUAUGAUUGAUCUCGGGAGGUUCUCAGUCAGACGUAUAUAGCUAUCAUAUACAAUCCCAUCG